GCCGGAAGUGGCGGCGCCCGUUGCCGUUUCCGUUGCCGGAGGCAGCCGGAAGGUGGAGGCAGAGGCGGAGGAGGGGGUGUCGUGGGGCGGCCCCGCGCGGCGGCUAUGGCGUCGGGCAAGGCGUCGUCCGAGCCCUUGGGGCGCACGUCGGAAGAGGUGGCCUGGGCGGAGGCGCUGCGCGGGGCCUGCGAGCCCGAGCACCAGUGGCGGCACCGCCGCGAGUUCCUGCUGCGCAACGCCGGCGGGGAGCUGCCGGCGGCGGGCACCGAGCAGCAGCAGCGCCUCGUGUCCCUCUCCAUGGUCUGGGCCAACCACGUCUUCCUGGGCUGCCGGUACCCGGCGCGGGUGAUGGGGAAGGCGCUGGCAAUGGCCGAAGGCAUCCAAGUGACUGGCGCACCCGUCCACACCACCAGAGACGAACUGGUUGCCAAGGUGAAGAAAAGAGGCAUAUCAAGUAGCAAUGAAGGGGUAGAGGAGCCCUCCAAGAAGCGAGCUGUUGAGAAAAGCAAAGAUUGUAAUGAUACUGGAAAGGAUGUGAAAACUACCAAGGCAGAAACUACAAAGGAAAGAGAAAGCAUAUUGCCAAAAAAGCAGGAAAAAGUUCUUAGCAAAGAUCCAGAAAGUUCCCAGUCAACGUGCAGUCCAAACCAAGGAACGGUCACAGAAUCAGACAUGGAAACAGAAGGAAAACCUUCAAAUGCUGAAAAUACUACUGAGCAGAAUCUGUCUUCAUCUGAAAAAGAGUCGGGAGAGAAGCCUUGCUCAAAUCCACCUAAGGAAAGCAAGCGUGAAGAUGUGCCGUCACCUGAAAAGAAAACUACAGUAAGCACAGUGCCACUGGCUGCCAAGAGCAUCCCACAGGCAGAAGUAGUGGCAGCACCGGUGCCACCGGCUGCCAAGAGUUCCCCACAGGCAGAGGCAGUGGCAGGAACGGUGCCACUGGCUGCCAAGAGCAGCCCGCAGGCGGACACGGUGGCAGCAGCAGUGCCACCAGCUGCCAAGAGCAGCCCGCAGGCAGAAACAGUUGCAGCAGCAGUGCCACCAGCUGCUAAGAGCACAACAGUGGCAGCGGCAGCAGUCCCACCAACCAGCAAGAACACCCCGCAGGCAGCAGUGGUGGCAGCGGCGGUGCCACUGACUGCCAAGAGCACCCCACAGGCAGUGGCAGUGACACCGACCACCAAGAGCACCCCACAGGCAGCAACGGUGCCACCAGCUGCCAAGAGCACACCACAAACAAGUGCUGCAUUGCUGUCUUCCAAAAACCAAGUGAGUGCUCCAGCAUCAGUGUCCAAGAGCGGUGCUCAGGCAGGCACCUCGCUGCUGCUAGCCCCCAAAACUGGCACUCAGGUGGGCGCCUCGUUGCUGCUGGCCCCCAAAAGCAGCGCUCAGGCAGGUGCUUCACUGCUGCUGGCUUCCAAGGGCCCUGCUAAGGUGGGCUCCCCGCUCCUGGCAUCGAAGAGCAGCGCUGAGGUGGCUGCCUCGUUGCUAGCUGCUCGGAGUGGUGCUCAGCAGGGAUCCUCACUGCUGACAUCCAAGAGCAGUGCUCAGGUGGCUGCUUCGCUGCUGGCCGCUCGGAGCGGUGCUCAGCAAGGGCCCUCAUCGCUGGCUUCCCGAGGUGGAGCUCAGGCAGGUGCUUCCCUGUUGGCCUCAAAAGGUGGCACACAGGCAGGUUCACCACAGCUUGCUUCCAAGAGUGGCUCUCAGGCAGGUGAAAGCCCUGCUAAGGCUUUGUGCAAACCGUUAACCAGUGAAGAUGCAAAGGAAAGACAACCUUUUUUCAACAGACUGUACAAAGCUGUAGCCUGGAAGCUGGUUGCUGUUGGAGGCUUCAGUCCUAACGUAAAUCAUGUGGAACUUCUAAACUCGUCUAUUCAGUCUGUAAAAGCUACGCUAGAUGUUGCUUUUGUUCCCCUGAAGGAACUUGCAGACUUGCCUCAAAAUAAGAGCUCUCUAGAAAAUAUAGUUUGUGAACUGAGGUGCAAGUCUGUCUACUUGGGUACUGGCUGUGGUAAAAGUAUGGAAAAUGCCAAAGCGGUUGCUUCAAGAGAAGCUUUGAAAUUGUUCCUCAAGAAGAAAGUCAUUGUGAAGAUCUGUAAAAGAAAAUACAAAGGUCGCGAAAUUGAAGAUUUGGUACUUCUGGAUGAAGAAUCAAAACCUUCGAAUUUACCUCCAGCUUUAAGAAAUCCUCGAGAGAUCUUGUAGGGGAGAAUCACUGUUUGUACCAUGUAUAGUAUUUCAACCCAAGGACUGAAGGUUAAUUUUGUACUUUAAAAAUGUAGGCUUCCAGAUAUUUUGUAUUUCUUUCUCAGUUUUGCAAGAUAAUGAUAGUCCUUUCACUUGGUAGCAAUUGUAUAAAACUUGUUAGAGAUGACAAGUGCGCAUUUAAAAGUAUGCCUUAAUAUAUAGCACACUAGUGUGCUGUUUUAUUUGCAAAAUAGUCUACCUAAUUCUUCUAUUUUUAAUUAAAUGAUUACAAUUUGCUGUUUAAAAUCUGGCAGUUUUGUAUUCUUACGAUUUGAUGACGGCAGAGUGCUCAAUUGUCUACCAUGUAUUUUUUAGCCAUGUAGGAGUAUGUGCUUAGGGACCACAGUACUUGAAUGAUUGAAAGUUGUUUAAAAAUUUCAGUCACAAAAGUUGAAUUGUUUGUUUCAAGUGUGUUGCUCGUAGUGUUCACCGUUGCUCAUUCUAGGAGAGAAAAUAGUUGGUUGACUACUUUUUAAUGGGAUGUCAUAGCAUUUGUGGUGUAAAUGAAACCUCAUUUAAGAUUAUACUGGCAGGUUAUUGGUUUGUAGUCGAUUCACAGCUACUUCAGCCACCAGAACGCUGUAACCAGAUUUCAUUUAUGUUGUGAAAUAUCAUUUACAGUUGUUUCAAAUAAACACUGAUUUGUAUACUGAGCAUAUUUUGACUGCUAAUAAAACCUCUGGGGUAUGCUUCUAUAGUACUUCGGGUUUGACUAUUAAAUAUUCCAGCCACUGCAAUAACUUUGCAACACCUUAAGAAAAGCUUUACUUUGAGUGGCUAAGGUGUAAUCCCAUAAGGAGUUGUUUUCUUUGGAUGUGUAGAAGUAAAACUGAUACAGCAAACCUAUGGAGUAUCUCUUUCUACUUUUGUAACACCCAUAUAAGCGAAAAGGAAGAUGCCGCUGUCUGCUAGAGACAGUGAGUGUGUUAUAAAGGCUUCACACUACUCAAGCCCUUCCUUUGCUAUGUUUUUAUGCCAUGUACAGAAUGGUUUGACUCAAAGAAAGUGGGAGAUUACCUUUUUAUUUUCAAUGUUACUGAAAUACUUGAGCAAACUGCAUGUUUUGAUAUAUUGCAUAAUGACAUGUAAUUGUAAAACCAUAAUGUCUUCAGUGCUAUUUUGAAUUAAUCUUGUCUGAUGACAGUAGUUAGCAUUAUUUAAUUGAGACUUUACACUUGACUGACAGAUCUAGUGAUCACUGCUUGUGAAUAGGAAUUCCUGUGAUCUCGAUAGGAUGUACGUCUACUUAAAGACUACUUCUGUGAUUCUGGGGACUAAACCACAGUGGUGGUGUUACACUGUACCCUGUGUGAUUUUGAACAGCAGUGGCUGUCCAGUCCGUAGCACCUCAAGCCUGUGAGGCGUUUGUGCUUCCCGACAGCCGGAUGAGAACUUCUUCCGUCUAACCCCGGUGCUGCUGUGGCCUUGGUUGCCCUUUGCUCUAGUUGGGUUUCUCAGGAGCUCCCCCUCGGGUGUUUCUGGAGCACCACGCGAUGUUCUGAAUGCAACGUGUCGUGUCUUACACAGCAUAAGGACUGGUGCGUGCCUCUAGUGCACAGGGAGUUACGUGCUGUAUUUAGGAGCUGUGGUGUUUGAAUCCUCACCCUGUUCGGGUGAGAACAUGGACUGUUUUUGCGGGGCUGGAAUUGUGUCGAGUGCCCUCUGAAGUACAGCCUUGCUAGGUGUUAGUUUGGGCAUCUCCAGGUCUCUGGCUGGGAAUUGCAGCAUGUUGCAAUGUGGAAGCCUGCGCUUCCCACCUGUAAAGCAAAGCUCACAGUAUUUACCGACCUCGGGGCGGGGCUGGGGUCACUGUGUGAAAAGGCUGAGGUCCUGGAGGCCUUUUUAAAGUCCUGACUUAAGGUUACUUUUAUAAAAAUUUUUGAAUGUUAUUCCUCUUUGAUGUUUGGUUAUGAUUCAUUAAAGGA